AUGAGAAAUAUCGGUAUAAACAGGUUUGAAUAUAUGAAACAUGUUAAAGAAGAUUCUGUUUAUCGCAAAUUUUCCCCGCAAUCCAAAUGUUUACUGACCUGUAUGAUAACAAAAUUUAAUAAGGAUCUAAGACAAAUGACAGGAUCAAAUGAGUUCAUUGUAAAAAUAUUUAGAGACUUUUCGGAUAAAAAAUCUAUGUUGCAGUUAAAUUUGGAGUCAAUCAACAUGCUUUUGGUUUCUUCCUACAAGCUAAAAAUUCCACUUACACAUAAGGAACUAUCAUUGAUUUUAGAAAGGAUCCACACCAUAAUAACACCUGUUUCCGAUUCUAUCUUUUCGAAUGAGCUUACUUUAUCCGUUUUGCACUCUUUAGGGAAUUUUGCUAGGAUUUUCCCAAAAUAUCAUGAUCUAGUUAGGGAUUCUCCACCAUUGCAAGAAAUAAAGGAAAACUUUGAGCUUUAUUCUAAAGAUAUAAGACUAAGAGACUUAUCUUUAGCGAUAUAUGCACUUGAGAGGUUGAAGUUAGUUAAUGAGAAUUUGGCAAGGGUCCUUAUUUCUACUAUAAAAAAAAUACAAGCUCUCGAUAACACCAGUUUAGCAACGAUCUUGUAUUCUAGCUGUAAAAAUCAUAACAUGCGUAGCAUUUUUAACAUUUUAAAUGAUCAUGUUUUGGAGAAUCUUGGCAAAUUUACUACUCGUGAAAUCUGUAAUGUGUCAUGUGCAUACUUAAAGGCAAAGCUAUGGAGAGAUGAUUUUUUUCCAUACUUGUCCAAACAUUUGCCUUUAAUGAAUAUCCAGGAAUUGUGUAAUGUUAUUCACUUGUUGAUUAAUAUGAAGGUCUCUGUACCAUCACAAUUUAAGAAUGCAUAUAUUUUUCACUUACCAACAUUUUGCAGAUAUAGUCUGGAUCUUAUAGACUAUUUAACAAUUGCCCAAUCAUUGUACAAGUGGAUGCCGCAGAAUGGAACGUUACUAGACGAAGGAAUUUGCAAAAUGAUAUCCUGUGGCAGAUAUAAGCUAGACAGCAAGUUUUUAUAUUUGAUACAUUAUUGUAAGGAAUUGAGAUUGUCCAAUUCUGUUUACAAACUUUUGAAUGUAGUUGAUUCUGGGUUUGAUCUUAACCUUUUGAAUAGUAGAGAAACUGUUAUUUUGUAUAGUAUUUUGCGGACUUAUGAAUUGCCCAGUUUACACCAUAAAAUUGAAUCCCUUAUCAUUAAUAGACCGUUCUUGAAUUUUUCCAGCUUUAAUUUGCAAAUAUUGAUUUCUGUCGGUACUGAUAAAGUGGUAUCUGAUAUUAUUCAAAAAUUUGUAACUAUGUAUCCCAAACCUACUAUUGAUGCAGUGGACAUUGCAACUUCGAUCAUUAAAGGAUCUUAUUCUGAAUCUUUUCAAAAUUUUGUACUUCUGUGGUUCAAAUCUGUUAUUUUUGCACCAUCAAGUAGCAAAAAAUUCAAUUUAAUAGCAAAAUGUUUGUAUGCAUUGUCGUAUAUGAGAAAUGUCAACAGUGCACUCAUCAUGUUGUGCAGAAGUUUUUCCAUCUUAAACGAGAAAGAAUACUUAGAUGUUUUGAGUUUCUUUGAUUUAGUUAAACUUUUAUCUGUAUCAAAAAACUUCAACUAUAUGGAUCAGCAUGUUGUACAUAUUGCGGAGCAUGCCGUAAAUUCUACCAAAGAAUAUGAAAAUAUUGAUAUUGAUACAUUUCUAGAAAUGCUAAAGAUAGUGUCCUUCCUGGAUUUUGCUUCUUUUGGUAAGGAACCUGCUCAGAAUAUCGGAAAAUUCAUACAUGCAAUGUUGACAAUAUUUCCAGAUGAACUUAUUAAAAGGGAGCCCACUUUUACAGACAUAGUAUUCCACAUAGUAUUCCUUUCGCUGAAUUAUAGCAUUGAUGUAAGCCUAUCUGAAAAUCUUAUAACAAGGUGGAUAGAAUUCAACCAUUUGCCAUCCCACUUAUUUUAUCAAACUCUCUCAAUCAUGGCUUUACUUUCUGAUAAAUUAUCGGUCACCUUUUUAAAUUUGGCCUUAAACUACGUUUCUAAAGUAAACAGUAUUAGUGUUUGUGACGCUAACAAAAACUAUAGCAUAAACAGUGCAGACACACGGUCUGUCCACUCAACACUUGGCGCACUCGUAUCCGGCCAUGACAUGGGACUGGGCGUAUAUCCGAAUACUCUGUUGCCAAUAGGCUAUUCUGUGGACAUUCUCCUGUCAAUGGAUAAUGUAUAA